UGGAGGCUGGGCAGUUCAUGGAGAUCCUUGGUCAGCGUGUCCCCUUGCGCAACUGACGAUGGUGCACCAGUGGAUGCGCGAGACCCCUGCUAAUCGCGUGUGGAUGUUUCCCAAGACUCCACGCGUCUAGCCAUAGGUUCUCAACUUAGCACGCACCAAUGCAGAUACCGAGGAUUUGUUUCGAAGCUGCUGGCAGUGGAUCGUGUCAAUCUCCAUUGCACUCACGAGGGCAGUAAACGGUGUCUGUUUAACUCAGCACGCCGGUGACAUGCAGUCUUUAAUAUCACCAGUGACUAAAGCGAUCUUGGUUGCUUUGUUUAUUUUUGCGAUCUUACUCAUCCUCUAUGUGAUAUUAUGGUAUAUAUGUCGAGAUGUGGAUUGUGAUCACGGCAUCUGAUUGAUCAAGUGGAUGCGUCUUGGAGGAUGUGAACCGGACACCCCGGCUUUGGCUGACAACAGGGAGUCGAAGGGUGACCCUGCUUUGCCCAGACGGAAGGGGAGGGUUGCCAUAGUGACAGGGGGAGCCAAAGGAUUGGGCUAUGAAACCUCAAGACACCUGGCUAGCCUGGGCAUGCAUGUGAUCAUUGCUGGAAAUGAGGACGAGGAGGGCCUUGCUGCAGUGAAGAAGAUUCACCAGGAGACCAUACAGGAGAAAGUGGAGUUCAUGUACCUGGACUUGGCCUCCCUGAAGUCUGUGCGCCAGUUUGUCCGCAGGUUUGAGUCCAGGGGUCUGCCUCUGCACGUUCUCGUCAAUAACGCGGGCGUCAUGCUGGUCCCGGAGCAGGUGACGGAGGACGGCUUUGAGCUGCAUUUCGGACUGAACUAUCUGGGCCACUUCCUGCUCACCAACCUGCUGCUGGAUGCGCUGAAGAACUCGGGCAGGAGCGGCAGCUGCUCGCGCGUCGUCACCGUCUCCUCGGCGACGCACUACGGAGGAUGCCUCAGCCUGAACGACCUGCAGGGCAGGUCAUGCUACAGUCCCCACGGGGCAUACUCCCAGAGUAAGCUAGCCCUGGUGCUCCUCACCUACCACCUGCAGGAGCGUCUGCAGGGCCAAGGAGACGCAGUAACAGCCAACGCCGUGGAUCCUGGCAUGGUGGACACAGCCCUGUAUGAGCAUCUGUGCCGCCCUGCCCAGAUGGCCAAGAGACCCGUGGCCAAACUGCUCUUCAGGACACCGAAUGAAGGUGCGUCCACUGCCAUUUAUGCAGCGGCCUCCCCUGAGCUGGAGGGUGUGGGUGGGCUCUACCUGUACAAUGGCCGAAAGACUGAGUCCUCAGCCGUCUCCUAUGACAAGCGACUCCAGACGCAGCUGUGGGCGAAGAGCUGUGACCUGGUGGGCCUUCAGAAGGCCUGAAGAACCAGAGGAACCCAAAGGACCUCUGGGCCUUCAGCCCAGCAGGCACAUCCAGGUCACGGCCAUGAGAACAGAGGUUGUCGAUCUUGAUUCCUGCCUUCUAUUUGUUGAACCUUGAUUCAUGCCUGAGUGUAAAUCUGUGUGAUGGUGAGGGGAGCUCGAAAUACACUGCAGGACCGUCUUUUUCUACAGAACACACGGCAAUAACACGGAAGAGCUUCUUCUCCGGAAAUGAGGCAUGUGUGAACACCAUCAAAGCUAGUGGUUUUAUUCAGAGUAGUGGUUUUACAUAUAGUGAUGUAAUGGUUCUUGACAAAAAGAAAUCUCUGCUCCCCUCCUGCCUCAUACCCAGGCUAAAUGAAUCAAACUCAGAUCGUUCACGAUGUUAUUAAGUGUUAACAGUAGAUGCAGAACUAAUGCAAUACAAAUUCUACUGAUUUGUCACGCUGUACCUCAGGUGGGCGCAUUGAAUAGCCAGUCAACAACCAAGAGGACCGCAGUCCUGUACAAGCGUCUGACUAUCCAAGGUGGACAUGUUUCUGCCUCCCUCUUUGCAUUUUUCUCCACUGCUUGGGAAACUUAAGCAUCUUUUACAUGCUCCCUCUCCUUCCCUCUCUUUCUCUCUUUCUCUCUCUCCCUCGCUCUCCCUCUCUCUUUCUCUCUCUCUCUCUCUC